UUAAUCUUUUUUUUUUUUUUUUUUUUUUUUUUUUUUUUUGUAUUUGAUUGUAUGUUAUGGAGAAGCGUUAAUCGAUAAGGCAUUGUUUAAAAUAUGCGCUUCGUCUGAACUGGAUGCUGUCAUGGCACGAGUGGCUGGAGAUAUUAUUCAUUUAAACGUCGGAGGAAAGAGGUUCAGUACCUCCAGGCAGACUUUGACAUGGGUACCAGACUCCUUUUUCUCAAGCCUCUUGAGUGGCCGGAUAUCAACCUUAAAAGAUGAAACAGGAGCGAUUUUCAUAGAUCGUGAUCCUUCACUUUUUGCUCCUAUUCUGAACUUCCUGCGCACUAAAGAACUGCACCCCAGGUCUACCGAUGUGAAUUUACUGAUGCAUGAAGCUGAGUUCUAUGGAAUCACUCCAUUAGUGCGUAAACUGCAGCUGUGCAAUGAACUCGAUCGCUCAUCAUGUGGCUCAGUGCUGUUUAAUGGCUAUCUGCCUCCUCCAGUGUAUCCUGUGAAGCGCAGGAACAGACACAGCGUUGCCGGCUCUCAGUUCAUGGCUGGCCGAGCUGUCCCUCUGGAGAGAGCCACGGUCCGACGCAGCAACACAAUGCCGCCCAACCUAGGCAACACAGGCAUGCUGGCAAAAAUUACUGCUACAGAAGAGAAAAUCUCAGGUCAGGGCUCAGAUCCAGGAAUGGUACGGAUCAUAUGUGGCCAUCACAACUGGAUUGCAGUGGCUUACGCACAGUUUGUGGUGUGUUACAGGGUUAAGGAGUCGACAGGGUGGCAGCAAGUGUUUUCGAGCCCCAGACUGGACUGGAUCAUCGAUCGAGUCGCACUCAAUGCUAAAGUCAUGGGAGGGUCACUAGGAGACAAUGACAAGAUGGUUGCGGUGGCGUCCGGGACAGAGAUCAUAUUAUGGGCAGUCUGUCCUGAAGGAAAUGGAAAUGAGAUUGGUGUCUUUAGCUUAAGUGUGCCUGUGGAGGCUUUGUUCUUUGUGGGGAAUCAGCUCAUCGCCACGAGCCAUACAGGGAAAGUGGGUGUGUGGAACGCUGUAACAAAACACUGGCAGAAUCAGGAUGUGGUUCCCAUAAACAGUUGUGACACAGCAGGGUCCUUCCUCAUCCUUGGCUGUAAUAACGGAUCCAUUUACUACAUCGAUGUACAGAAGUUUCCAUUAAGGAUGAAGGAUAACGAUUUGCUGGUGACAGAGUUGUACCGAGAUCCCAGCGAAGACGCCAUCACAGCACUUAGCGUCUAUCUUACACCUAAAACGAGUGACAGUGGGAACUGGAUUGAGAUUGCAUAUGGCACCAGCUCAGGAGCUGUGCGUGUGAUUGUUCAGCACCCUGAGACAGUGGGCUCAGGGCCACAACUCUUUCAGACGUUCAGUGUUCAUCGGAGUCCUGUUACCAAAAUAAUGCUGUCAGAGAAACACCUCAUCUCAGUGUGUGCAGAUAAUAACCAUGUGCGUACCUGGACUGUAACACGGUUCAGAGGAAUGAUCUCCACCCAACCAGGCUCCACCCCCCUCAGCUCAUUUAAAAUCCUCUCACUGGAUGACAUUGAUGGACAUGCAGGCUGCAGUGCUGGCACUGAGAUUGGUCCAUAUGGAGAGAGAGAUGAGCAGCAGGUGUUUAUUCAGCGCGUAGUUCCUGACACUGAUAAACUCUAUGUACGACUCUCCUCUAAUGGCAAAAGGGUGUGUGAGGUGCGCUCUGUGGAUGGGACUUCAAUCACAGCAUUCAUGGUUCACGAGUGUGAGGGGUCAAGCCGCAUUGGGUCACGGCCACGCCGCUUCCUGUUCAGUGGCCAUGGCAACGGCAGCAUUCAGAUGUGGGACUUGACAACAGCCAUGGAGAUCGCAGCCAAGGUGGACAUAAAAGCACUAGGAGGCCCUACUGAGGAAGAGCUAUUGGAGUUGUUGGAUCAGUGUGACUUGGCACUGACCAGAACACCAGACAUGAGUCCUGCAGUAUCGCUCACACACUCUUCUCGCAACUCUACCUGCAGUCUGCAGUCCCAGUUGAGCGAGAGUGCACGUGUCGGUGCAUCUGGCGUUCGUGGCGUCACUCUUCCACGACCUCAGCAAGCGUUUAUAAGAGCGCGUGAUAUUCCUCCUCAUCUCGGCCUCAGCAUGAGCUCUUUGAGCAGCAGCACGAGUGAACGCGAGAGGGAGCGACACCUGGACAGAGAGAGAGACAGAGAUGGUCUUUUUGCCCCUCAGAGAGGCAGUUUUGUAGAACGAUGUCAGGAACGAGCCAAAAGCUCAGACAUUGCAGGAACAGAAGCUCGUCUUGGCCUCAGACCACAUUUAUCAUCGUCGGCAUCCAGGUGGCCUGCCCCCUCUGUCUCAAGCCACGCCUCUUCAAAUUUGAGCCCGAUCAGAUCACAGACACCCACAUCUCCUCGACGAGGAAACGCAUUGCCUGUAGGUGAAGCUGUAUCCACUGAAGCAGGGCCUAAACCAGAAAGCCCCUCUUCCGCACCACCCACCAGUCCUAAACCACAUAUGAAUGAGACCAGCUUCUAAUUGGCUGAUAUGCAAAUACUACUGCUUAAUUGACAUGUAAGUGGACACACUCCCUCAGCCAUGCACCUGCUGUUCAGGUGAAUUAGUGUGAAUGAAGAGGUAUAUCAAGUUUGUAUUUCUUAUUUUCUUUCUCUAGUUUUGAUUUCUUUCUUUUUCUUCAUGUUUUUCUGCUUAUUUAAUUGAGCUCUUUAUGAUUUAUUUAUCUUUUCUUUUAAGAGUGUCUUCCAGGGCUGUGUGUGUGAGAGAGAGAUGAUUUGGUUUUGAUCAAUCUGUUGUACCUGGUAUUUGAAAACUACACAAGAGCUCUGUGUGCUCCUCAGGCAUACAUUUUCAGGGUAUUACUGCUUUGUAAAUUUAAUGCAAAGCUACACUGUUGUAUAAUGUUACAAAAUAUGGAAUGAUGAUAUGUUGACUGAUGCAUAUUAAUCUUCGCUCAGAUUUUUCUAGACUUCAGCUGGUCAUGUGCCGAUAUACAUUCAUAUCUUAAUCAUUGCCUAACAUUUUUAUCAUGGUUUGUGAUCUCACUGUAUGAUGUUUAAAAAGUGUAAUAUGGGUAACUAAGGCCCUAGGACAUUAUGAAUGCUUUUCCGAAUAUGUAUACACGAUUUUUAAAAAAAAAAUUUUUUUGGUCACAGGUGUAAGCUUGUGGUGUUUUUAAUAGAUAUUUCAUCACUGCCAUUAUAACAUGGAAGGUUUUGUAGUCUUUUUUUCUAUCAUGUUGAAUAGUGUGUAACCCCUUAAAUUCCUGGCUUAUUAUUCUGUAAUUCGUCUUAAAGUACAUUAUAUAGGAACUGCUAUCAAUUAUUUAGUAAUUCCAGUAAAGCUAAGAGGAGAGUUAUGUAGUUAUGAUCGUGCACAUUGUAAGUCUUUCUGGUCCUAUAGGCAUGUCUUGGGAGUUGAAGGGAUUAAUAUGUAUUAAGGUUAUCCAUAUAUGCAUAAGUAUCCAUAGUGUAUAAAUAUUUAUAUAUUACAAUUCAAGUCACAACAAAUUCAAAUAAAUAUUGUAUAGCAAACACC